UCACAAACUGUUUAUCAGAGGGUUAGCUGGGGUUAUGAUCACACUUUAAGGAUCUUUCAUUUUCUUUGGAUUUUCUUGCCUUGUGGUUUGUUUCCCCAGACAUGAAGCAAAUAUGUGUUCUGCUGUCAGUAUUGUUGGUGGUCGUAUCAUCUUAUCCUGACGGGGGGUUCAACUGCACAUCUGGAGAAUGUCUUCCUGCCGGACUCGUCUGUAACUUUAAAAAGGACUGUGAAGAUGGCUCAGACGAAGGGUUUUGUGGGUCAUGUGACUUUGAGCAUCACUGCUGUGGUUGGGACGGCAGCAGCAGUACUGCCUCUUACCGCUGGAGACGGCAAAUGGCAAACAUCACCUCAGUACCUGGACUGGACCACAGCACAGGAAAUGCCUCUGGACAUGUCAUGCAUGUAGUUGGCAAAAGAGGCUUUUCUACGGCUUAUUUGGAGUACUUUGUUGACAACCUGGCAGCUCUGGGAUGCCAGAUCAGCUUCUGGUACUACCUUUACAAUAACUCAUCAUCAUCAUCAUCCUCAUCCCUUAAACUCAACAUGAUCCGAAGCCUCCCUAUGCAAGAGUUGCUGCACAGCUCUAAAAGUAAGACAGACGGUUGGGAGAAGGCUACAGCUUUCAUCGGUAAUCAGCCAGGAGGAUACAAGUUGCAGUUUUCCUUCCAACCUCAAUUUAUGGACAUGGACAUAGACGUUAUGUUGGACGAUGUCAUGUUUGAGAACUGUGCAGAGGGAGACGUCCCUGCAGGAUCACACCAACUCUCAUGUGAUUUUGAAGAGGACACCUGCUCAUGGUACCACGACCACACUGCCAGCCUUCUGUGGAGACGGGUAAAUGGGGCAUACAGGGAACCAACUAGGAAGGGCUACUUCAUGCUCAUAUCUGCUAAAUACAACCUGAACAUCUCAUCAGCAGCCAGACUCAUCAGCUUCCCUCAACCUGAAGGUCACGUGACAUGUGUGAGCUUCUUGUACCACAUAUUUGGCAACAGCAUUGGUUCAUUGAAGUUUAUUACAAAGCGUUCUGGUGAAGAGGAGACGGUUGUAUGGAUGAGAAGUGGCACCCAGGGAAACAAAUGGAGAUUCGCUGAUCUUACCUUCGACAGUGACAAACCAAUACAGUUUAUUAUAGAAGCUGUGGUGGGAGGUACCCAAGGCAGCAUAGCCAUUGAUGACCUGAAGGUGUACAGAAGUGAGACCGGCUCGUGUCCGGCUGAGAGAGAGUGCACCUUCCAGGGCUCGCUGUGCGGCAUGCUGCCUCGGCCGUCUGCAAACUCCAGCUGGAGCCGCUCCAUGGGGGGGUCGAAGCCUACCAACAUCUCAGGCCCAGCCACAGAUCACACUCUGGGGACGGAACAAGGUUAUUACCUGAGUGCCCAGCUGUGGAAUCAGCCUGCUGGGUCCAGAGUUGCGGUGAUGACUGCAGUGAUGGAGCCCACCCCUGCUGACGGGGAAUGCCUAAUGUUCUGGUAUUACAUGGAGGGAAGUGGAGUGGGGGAUCUCCAUGUUCUCCUUCAAACUGCUGACGGAAACAGUGAAGAGCUCUGGAGCAGAAAUGGAGAUCAGGGAAAACACUGGAGGCACGCACGAGUGACACUCAGUUCUGGUGCAACGUAUCAGGUGGUUUUUGAAGCUGUGGUUGGGGUUGAACCAAGGAGAGAUAUCGCCAUUGACGACCUCAUAGUUCUGAAUGGCGCCUGUCCCGCAGAAGGAUUUUGUGACUUUGAGAUGGACUUCUGUGGUUGGGUGAAUAAUCGUCCUGCAGAGUCCGGUUUGGACUGGGACUGGCUCUCAGGUGACAGCGAUGGUAACUUUAUUCCAAAUAAGGACCACUCCACAAAUUCUGCUUUAGGUCACUUUGCAUUCUUCCAGCCGUCUGACAAUACGAAAGGAGAAACUGCCCAACUGGAGAGUGAGACGAUGGAGGCAGUAAACCGAGCUUGCCUGGAGAUCUGGCACUAUGUCGAAGGUUGGGCCCCAAAUGGGCCCUCAGAUAUUAACCUCACAAUGUUUGUGAAUGAGAGUGCUGGGCUGCGUCCUGUGUGGAGUACAAGAGGAUCUUUAAAUGGCAUGUGGAACCAAGACAGGGUGGAUUACAAUGCAUCAGGGCCUCACCAAAUUAUUUUACAAGCCAGUUGUCCCGAAUCAAUUGGCGCGAGCUUCUCCCUGGACGAUAUCCACAUCAUCAGAGGACAGUUUUGUGAUGACAUUUUCCCGACCACCACUCCAAACCCUGUUACUACGACAACCACCGCUCCUGCCUCCGCCAUGGACUGCACUUUUGAAAAAGGUCUAUGUAGUUGGGUCCAGGAGGUCAAUGAUGAUCUGAACUGGACUCUCAGUAACGGACUUCAAGCGCACGAGCCAUGGGAUGGACCUCAGUAUGAUCACACUCUUGAAAAUAAGCAAGGCUUCUUCUUACUGCUGAAUGGAUCUGGAUCUAAGAACGGCGAGAGAGCAGACGUCUCUGUUCCUGUCGUUGAUUUUUCAUCACGUUUCUGUGUUGGAUUCUGGUUCUUCAUGCUCGGGCCUUCUGUCUCCACCCUGGACCUGCUGGUUGAGACAAAAUCUUCUUCUGAACUGUUAGCCUGGACUCGUCGCGGAACCCAGAACUCAGAGUGGAUUAACGCACAAGUAACAGUCGACAUGAACAAUACAAAAAGGGUGAUGUUCAGAGGCCAUAGAAACACCAACAGCCAAGGAUUCAUUGCCAUUGAUGACAUUACAGUGAGGGAGGGGGCCUGCAGUAAUCAGAAUUUAUGCGGCUUUGAUUCAAAUUGGUGUGACUUUGAGAACGAUGUCAGUCAUAAGGGUCGAUGGAUUCGCGAAAUAGGAACAAAAAAUCAUGUGGAUCACACCUAUGGAACUGAAAAUGGUUUCUACAUGACUAGGAUGACAUCCAACUCUACACAGACUGAGGUAGCUCAGCUGCUCACACCUGAGUUUAUUUCAGCUACAGAGAUAUGUGUUCGCUUCUGGUACUGGAUACCUGCGGGGUCUAGUAACAUCCUUGCCGUGCAUUUGCUGCGCAGCGAGGAGCUGGAGGAUGCACUUUGGCAACGAUCUGAAGCGCCCUCUGCAGGCUGGGAGGUGGCAGAGGUCACUGUGUCCUCCCCUGCACAAUUCCGUGUGGUGUUUAAGGCAGAUCAUGUGCCGGGCACCAUCGCUACAGUGAAGUUAGAUGAUGUUUCUGUGAGGGACGGGGCCUGCAGUCCUCCAGGAAGCUGCGACUUUGAGUCCGGACAGUGCACCUGGGUCAACAUCCCCAAAGAAGAUGGACACGACUGGGUGCUGGCACAUGGGGGCUCCCAGGGACCGCCCACAGACCACACCACUCAGACCCCACAGGGUCAGUUCUUGUUGAGCUCCUCACUGCACCAAACCCACAGCAGUGUCUCUCAGGCUGUGUCAGAGUGGAUUGUACCCAGAGACAGCGCCUCCUGUCUCACCUUCUGGUACCAUAUGGACAGCAGUGCCUCGGGGACGUUGAAGGUGUUGAUGCGUUCAGGGCCAUCGGAGGAGAAACCGAUGUUCAACAGUAACAGCAGUGGACACGGCUGGACCAAGUUCUCUCAAUCUUUAGAGAGGACGAAACCUUUCCAGCUGCUGAUCGAAGCAGAGACUAACAGAGGAUUUAUUGCCAUCGAUGAUAUCACUGUCACACCAGGCCUUUGUCAAGUGAAUGAGACAGGUUUGGGAUUUGUGGGUUGCUCAUUUGAAAACGGCACAUGUGGCUGGGAGGACAUCAGUGCAGGCCAGUGUCAGUGGACGAGAACAAGGAAUGCUACUGGGAACACUGGACCCUCCGUGGACAACACAGUGGGCUCUGAACUGGGUUGGUACAUGGCCUUGGAGCCGGACCAGGGAGCUGAAAUGACCCCUGCUGCUGUGCAGAGUCCCAUCAUGAACGAGGCCAGCGCCACAUGCACACUACACUUCUAUUACAACAUGUUUGGAGAAGACAUGGAGGGGCUGAAGGUGCUGCUGCACGACGGCUCCAGAACUACCGCACUGUGGUGGCUGUCUGGUAACUAUGGCGAUGUGUGGCGUCACGGUGAGGUAACGGUUGGUCGAAUCCCGGUGGCCUUCACCAUCCUGUUUGAAGCCUCGAGGACCUUCAACCGGCCCGGACACAUGGCCAUCGAUGACAUAGAUUUCACCAACUGCUCCCUGCCUGAGCCCCAGCCCUCGUGUCCAGAGAAUAUGUUUACGUGCAACAACAGUGUGUGUGUCGGGCUCAACCAAGUGUGUGACUUCAGCGAUGACUGUGGGGACCGGUCUGAUGAGAACAACUGUGAACAACAAGGUGUUUUGGAGCGCUGCAGCUUUGAACAAGGCCUGUGUUUCUGGGAGCAAAGUGACGUGGACACGGCAGGAGCUGAUUGGACGCAGCGCAAAGGAGAGGAAGCCUGGCCCAUUCACGGGCCUCCGAGGGAUCACACCAAAAACUCUGAUGCAGGUCACUAUGUCAUCCCUGGGGCUGAGCUGACUAAUCAGACGACAGAGAUUCUCUCCAAAACUUUACGACCCAGCUCCAACUGCACUGUGAGAUUCUUCUUCUUCAGCCUGGCUGCAGGCCAACUGACAGCCCGGGGCCGCACACUUCGCUCUGGGAGAGACGACGCUGUGUUGUGGCUCGGAGAAAACUCCCAGAGCUACAGCUGGCAGAGAGCAGAGGUCACGUUCUCCACUUUGUCUAUUAGCAAGCUUGUCUUCAGAUAUGAGCGAGGUGAUGGGAUCAGGGGGAUGGUUGCGCUGGACGACAUCUCUUUCUCCAGGGAGUGUGAAUUUGACCCUGACAACAACAAACUGCCUGACACACCCCCCACCUCUGCCCCCCCUACACCCUCUAACACACCGACUCCUCCAACCUCCACCUCUCCUGCAACAACCCUCCCCUGUCAGGGUAAUGAGUUCUUCUGUUGGCGGUCAGAUGUUUGUAUCCUGGCUUCUUUAAAGUGUGAUUAUCAUGCAGACUGCCCGCAGGGAGAGGACGAGGAUGGCUGUGGUGGGUGCACAUUUGAGAGCGACCAAUGCCGAUGGACGGACACCAGUGAAGGACAGAUGAUGUGGCGGAGACAGGAAGCCAGUAACAACACCGAGCCGCCGACUGAUCACACUACAGACACAGGCUACUACAUGAGUGUGAAUUUAAGUCAGGGGUCCACUCAGAGUGAAGCCCGACUCCAGAGUCCCCCACUCCCCCCUGCAUCUCCCUUCUGCCAGAUUCUGUUUCACUUCCACAUCCGCGCAGAGAGUGCUGGGUCACUCAGAGUGCUUAUGCAGCAAGCUGAGGGGAGUGAAGCAAUCCUGUGGUCACGCAGUCAAAACACUGUCUCCCAUUGGACCCCAGAGCAUCUGCCCGUAGGCCUGAGCCCCCAGACCUAUAAGGUUUGGUUCAGUAGCGUGAAUAAAGUGACUCAGACGGAAACUACUGCUGGAGAUCACGUUGUUGCUGUGGAUGAUAUCUCUUUUCUAAACUGUGAAAAAUCCUACAAACCACCAGCUCUGUCUGCCUGUGGCUGCUCUUUCGAAGACGGGCUGUGUGUUUGGGUUCAGGGCGCUGAGGACGAGUUGGACUGGCUCAGCAGGACGGGUCCAACCGAGACCCCCAACACCGGGCCCACAGGAGACCACUCUACCAGCACAGGGAAAUACCUUUACAUCGAGAGCUCAGCACCAAGUGUGAAGGGAGAUAAGGCCCAGCUGAAGUCUCUGCUGCUGCCGCCUGCUGGUGGCAAAGGAUACUGUUUCACAUUUUGGUACCACAUGUUCGGAGCUACCGUCGGAUCCUUGAAGAUGCUCCUGCAAACAGCUGAUCCCUUGAAGAGAACAUUGGUGUGGCAAAAAUCAGGAAAUCAGGGGGACGAGUGGCGGCUGGCGAGGAGUCAUGUGACUUUGCAGGAAGUCCACCAAGUGAUUCUCGAGGCGACGGUGGGGGGGGAGGCGGGAGACAUAGCGAUCGAUGUCAUCUCCCUCAUCAGUGGACCAUGUCCCGCCUCUGAUGUGUGUGACUUUGAGGAGGGCAGCUGUGACUGGCAGCAGCAGAGCGACGAUGACUCUGACUGGGUCAGAGAGACGGGCUCCACACACAACCCCCACACCGGGCCGGACAGCGACCACACCACCAACACCCCCACCGGACAUUACUACUUCCUGUCCUCCUCUACAGACGACCUCCACGGACAGACGGCUAAAAUGUCUUCACCGCUGUACCCUGCAGGUAAAGGGGUCUGUGUGCAGCUGUGGUACCACAUGUACGGCAGAGGAGUGGGCAUGCUGAAUGUUUACCAGCAGAGCGAAGAAGGGAAGGAAGCUCUGAUUUUCUCUCAGUCAGGAGACCAGGGCCGGCUGUGGAGGUUCGCUCAGGCGUCACUGCUGCCCCGGGUGCAGCCUUACAGGAUCGUGAUAGAAGGUGUGAAGUCCGGCCCCACGCAGGAGGGGGACAUGGCCUUUGACGAUGUGCAUCUGACGGACGCUCAGUGUCCUCCUCCGGGACAUUGUGACUUUGAAAUCAACACGUGCAGCUGGAGCAACCUGGGAGGGGACGUGGACCAGGAGGACUGGCUCCGAGGCAGGGGGGCCUCCACAAACCCCAGCACCGGACCCAGUGUGGACCACACCACCAACUCAACACACGGUUACUAUCUGUAUGUGGAUAACUCAGUGGGCGAGUGGGGGGACAAUUCCUUCCUGAUCAGCGACGUCUUCCAGCCGUCUUCCAGAGGUCACUGUCUCACAUUCUGGUACCACAUGUAUGGCAGCCACAUUGGGACUCUCAGAGUUUACACAAACGACAGAACAAUGCAUUCAGGUGGCAACGAAGAAGGGAUGCUGAAGUGGAUUGAGACAGGAAACAAGGGAGACAGGUGGAAGGAGGCCAGUGUGACUGUGAAACAUAAUGAGGCAUUCUGGUUUGUGUUUGUGUAUCAGCGGGGGAUGAAUCCAGGAGGGGACGUUGCUCUUGAUGACAUCAGCGUCCGUCCUGGCGGCUGCUACUCAGAGCCCCCCAUCGGCCCUCUUGAUGAUGAUAAUGACAUGAUGUCGGCAGGUCUGGCUGUCGGUCUGACUCUGCUGGCUGGAGUCAUGAUCUCCAUCUUCCUCGUAGUGCUGAACAAGAACAGGCGCUAUAGCACAAUGAAUCAGCCGAUGAUUUUAAAUGAAGACACAAUUGACCAGAACGCUGAGUUUGACCUUUCUGACUGCAAAAUACAAGGCACAGAACAUGGAACUCAAUCAGACUUUUCCUUCUAUAACAAUCUGUAUAACCCCUCGUCAAAUGAAACUGACACCACAGUGACUGCAUCUGAUGCCUAGUCCAGAUCAAUAACUCCAUGAAUAAGGAGUCGAACGAGCAGUGAUGAGUUGAUGAGAAGUCAACUAACUCUGAGUAAAAUAUGUUUUGAAAAGCUUUUAGUGUUAUUAUAUUGUUCAUUGUGAUGAUGAUUUGUUUCUUUACGCCUGAAACUGGAAAUACAAUUCUCUGUUUUGUAAGAAUGUAUACAUAGAUACAAUAAA